UUAAUCUGAGUUUUAUAAAUAUUGCCAUCUUUCUAAACCCUACCUUUCUAAUCUCAUUCCAAACAACCUGCACUUGUUGCUUUCCUCUUCUUACUUCAUUCUCUCCCUCUCUCACAUUUUUUGUUGAUCACGACCAAACUGAUCAAUUAAGUCCUUGAGUUGGAGAAUCAUGGGAUCAGAAUCCUCUGCGCAAUACAUCCACAAGGUACAACACCUAAUAGAAGAGUGCAUCGUAUUCAACAUGAGCAAAGAGGAAUGCAUGGAUGCUCUCUCCAAAUAUGCAAAUAUAAAGCCUGUCAUUACUUCUACCGUGUGGAAGGAGCUGGAGAAAGAGAACAAGGAGUUCUUCGAAGCGUACGCGAAGCGAAGAGAGGAAAGAGGCGCAUCUCAAACGGAGACAAAUGAAAGCAUCCACAAUAUACUUUUGGCCUCUUCCAAGAAAGAUGACAACAAUGGUGAAUAGACUCAUUCUUACAAAAACCUACUAUAUUCGGAGCUUGCAAUAUACUAUUAUAUGUAUAAAUCUUUUCAUAAAUCUCAUGAAUAUAAUUCGUACGAUCAAUUGUACCAUCCAAAGUAUUUCAGUCACGAGUUUCCUUUGAAGGGCCAGAAUCAUAAGUUUCAAUCGUGCUACCCCACACAACCAUCAUAGAUUUACAACCAAAGAAUACCGUGUAAUGACCCUCUCCUCAUACUUUAUUUGCACUGUUUGUAAGCUUAUGAUGUUUGGAAAUGAGUCGGCCCAUGGGUCGCGCUGCCAUUGGGUGCUUUCAGUUGAUAGAGAUUUGAUGAUGAGUUAUGUAUGUA